AUGGAUAUUGUGGUGCUGUCCGAGACAAAGAAGAAGGGACACGGUUCAGAAAAUUUGGGACAGAAAAGUCUGAGACGAUGUAUCACCUCCUGGGAACCAGUUAGCCCACGCCUCAUCAAAAUGAAUUUGAGUCUGCAUGGAAAAAAUAUCACGAUAAUAGGAGUAUAUGCAGUUAACGAUGAUACCCUAGUUAAAGACAAAGAGGAGUUCUUUGAGCAACUUUCCUAUGAAAUUUCAAAAAUAGGACAAUCCAGAGAAAUAAUACUGACAGGAGAUCUAAAUUCUAGGAUAGGAAAGAAACUACAUGAUAAAAUAGUAGGCCAGUUCAGAGAAGCAACUCUUAACGAUAAUGGAAAUAGACUUAUCAAUAUAUGCGACCAAAAUAACCUCCGUAUUUUGAACGGAUUUUUUCAGCACCGUGACAUAAGUACACCUGGAUACAACAUUCUAGAAAUUUGA